AGUGACAACUGUUCCAGUACUGCAGGUGCUGGUCGACAAUUUCAGAACUGGAAGAUGAAAGCUGAACAAGCUAAGAAAGUUGAAUUCAUAAGAACUGCAGAAAAGCUAAAAACCCAGCUUGCAAAUGCAGAAAAGGAAAAAAAUGGACAUCUUUACAAUAGGAAGAGUGAUUUCAGAGUAGAACACAGCCUACUAGAGGAACUGGAACAUAGCAUGACUGUCAGCAGGAUGUCAGGAGGAAAGCUGAAAGUAGCUAAAAUCCUGCAGCAGCUAUCAAAAAUACAAAAUAACGUGAAGAGACUUCAGCAACAAUUAAAAGAUGUGAAGCCUACACCAGAAUUUGUUGACAAGCUCAAGGAAAUGAUGGAAGAAGUUGAAAAUGCAAUCAAUGCCUUUAAAGAGGAACAGAGGCAAAUAUAUGAACAGCUUUUGAAGGAGGAAAAAACUGCCAUUAACGAGCUCAGUAUCUUUGAGAGAAAAGUGGAACUGUGGGCGUUAGGCAGCUCAACAACAGAAAAAGUUUCAAAAUUACCAUCAGCCAGGGUCUCAGUUGGUAAAACACUGGAAAAUAAUCUACCUGAAGAAGUAGUAGAGUUUGAAAGAUUUCUUCAGCGAACGGGAGGGCGGCAAGGAGGCUGGGAUGAUUAUGAUCAUCAAAAUUUUCUGAAAGUCUGGACAAAACACAAAGGAAGGCUAUCAUAUGUGGAUGAAGCCCUUGAGUAUCUUUGUGGAAGAACAAAAGAAGAUAUUGAAGAGCAUGACAAAUGGUAUCAAGAAUUUCUAAUUUUACACGAAAGAAAGAAAGAG